AUUGUCGUUGAACAGAUUGUGAUCGGGGCGAUCAUAGAGAAUACUCCUGCGGAACGCGACGGACGUCUUCGGCCCGGGGACGAGCUCAUCUCCGUGGAUAAGAUGGUGGUUGCCGGGAAACCACACAGAUACGUGAUCGACCUGAUGCACGCCGCCGCACGCAAUGGUCAGGUCAGCCUGACGGUCCGGAGGAGAGUCCACUUCCUCAGUGAGUAGUAUUCACUACAAUGUAUAAACUAAUCACUACUAUACUAUAUAGUACACUAUACACACACUAUGCCAGUGGCGGUCUGUGCCGUUUAAGAUGAGGGAGUACAAUUGUAUUUAUUUAAUUGCAGCAUAUUGGAUGACUGUCAUUCAUAUUCCAGUCACCCAGUUCAAUGUAACAGCGAUAGGUUUAGGCUACUACAUUAUACUCAAAUGUUCCCUAUAUACCCAUCAUGAGGUUGCUACAAUUAGCCUAUGAAUAAAAGUUUACAAAGUAGGUGCACACAGGCCGAGAAAAAUUUGAGCUGACAGACAGUGACACAUGGACAGACAGUGACACAUUCAAUACUGCCUUGUACACUUUUGCCUGCAUCUAGCUGAUAUAGGGUGCAAUCAUUAGUCCAACAGUUGCAAAUGAGAGUUUCUAUUGGACAAAUUCAGGUAUGUUCAUCCGCGUUUUGUUCCGUUUAAAAAUAUUUUCCUACAGAAUCGGCAGAAUUAAAACACCCCUGAUCACACGUAAACACAGUUCACUUUCAUAGCAGCCAUGUUGUAUUCCUUCUCGUAUCUAUGCGCUCUCCUCCUCUCACCUUGUUCCUUCACUUGUGGACUUCACUGCACAAACACAUCAGCUGUACAGUGGCUUGCGAAAGUAUUCACCCCCCUUGGCAUUUUUCCUAUUUUGUUGCCUUACAACCUGGAAUUAAAAUAGAUUUUUUUUGGGGGGGGGGGGGGGGGGGGGUUGUGUCAUUUGAUUUACACAACAUGCCUACCACUUUGAAGAUGCAAAAUAUUUUUUGGGGUGAAACAAACAAGAAAUAAGACCAAAAAAAAACAGAAAACUUGAGCGUGCAUAACUAUUCACCCGCCCAAAGUCAAUACGAUGUAGAGCCACCUUUUGACGCAAUUACAGCUGCAAGUCUCUUGGGGUAUGUCUCUAUAAGCUUGGCACAUCUAGCCACUGGGAUUGUUUCCCAUUCUUCAAGGCAAAACUGCUUCAGCUCCUUCAAGUUGGUUGGGUUCUGCUGGUGUACAGCAAUCUUUAAGUCAUACCACAGAUUCUCAAUUGGAUUGAGGUCUGGACUUUGACUAGGCCAUUCCAAGACAUUUAAAUGUUUCCCCUUAAAUGACUCAAGUGUUGCUUUAGCAGUAUGCUUAGGGUCAUUGUCCUGCUGGAAGGUGAACCUCCGUCCCAGUCUCAAAUCUCUGGAAGACUGAAACAGGUUUCCCUCAAGAAUUUCCCUGUAUUUAGCGGCAUCCAUCAUUCCUUCAAUUAUGAUCAGUUUCCCAGUCCCUGCCGAUGAAAAACAUCCCCACAGCACGAUGCUGCCACCACCAUGCUUUACUGUGGGGAUGGUGUUCUCGGGGUGAUGAGAGGUGUUGGGUUUGCGCCAGACAUAGCGUUUUCCUUGAUGGCCAAAAAGCUCGAUUUUAGUCUCAUCUGACCAGAGUACCUUCUUCCAUAUGUUUGGGGAGUCUCCCACAUGCCUUUUGGUGAACACCAAACGUGUUUGCUUAUUUUUUUCUUUAAGCAAUGGCUUUUUUCUGGCCACUCUUCCAUAAAGCCCAGCUCUGUGGAGUGUACGGCUUAAAAUUGUCCUAUGGACAGAUACUCCAAUCUCCGCUGUGGAGCUUUGCAGCUCCUUCAGGGUUAUCUCUUGGUGCCUCUCUGAUUAAUGCCCUCCUUGCCUGGUCCGUGAGUUUUGGUGGGCGGCCCUCUCUUGGCAGGUUUGUUGUGGUGCCAUAUUCUUUCAAUUUUUUUAUAAUGGAUUUAAUGGUGCUCCGUGGGAUGUUCAAAGUUUCAGAUAUUUUUUUAUAGCCCAACCCUGAUCGGUACUUCUCCACAACGUUGUGCCUGACCUAUUUGGAGAGCUCCUUGGUCUUCAUGGUGCCGCUUGCUUGGUGGUGCCCCUCGCUUAGUGGUGUUGCAGACUCUGGGGCCUUUCAGAACAGGUGUAUAUAUACAUUUGACAUUUUAGUCAUUUAGCAGACGCUCUUAUCCAGAGCGACUUACAGUUAGUGAGUGCAUACAUUUUUUCAUACUGGUCCCCCGUGGGUAUCGAACCCACAACCCUGGCGUUGCAAGCACCUUGCACUACCAACUGAGCUACACAGGACUACAUACUGAAAUCAUGUGACAGAUCAUGUGACACUUAGAUUGCACACAGGUGGACUUUAUUUAACUAAAUAUGUGACUUCUGAAAGCAAUUGGUUGCACCAGAUCUUAUUUAGGGGCUUCAUAGCAAAUGGGGUGAAUACAUAUGCACGCACCACUUUUCCAUUAUUUAUUUUGUAGAAUUUUUUGAAACAAGUAGUUUUUUUCAUUUCACUUCACCAAUUUGGACUAUUUUAUGUAUGUCCAUUACAUGAAAUCCAAAUAAAAAUCAAUUUAAAUUACAGGUUGUAAUGCAACAAAAUAGGAAAAAUGCCAAGGUAGAUUAAUACUUUUUCAAGGCACUGUAUGUGACCAGGCGAAAAAACCUUUCCAAGCCAAACCAUAUCAUAACCACUACACAUAGCCUACAUCGUUGUCACCAUAUUAGCUAAAGUAAUGUCAUAGUCAACAUAUCUUAUUGAACUAACAUGUUAGUAAACCCGAUACAAUCAUGCAGUAACGUUACAGUGUACUGUCAGUAAGCAGUUAUACUGGCGGCCCCCGGCGACAAUAAAUUAUUAAAAGCUUAUCUUGACUUGGAAGAGUUCCAGUCUUGUGUUGGAUAGUCAUAGCCAGCUAGCUAUCCAUCUGUUUGAGCAGGGUGUUUCAGUAGGCUAAACUAGCUAGCUGCAUAUGCUAGCUAAGUAAGUGAAAAGUGACAAUAUCUCUCUCUCUCACUCUUGCUACUCCUUCAUUUUGGAAUACAUUAAUUUGUUAAAAACUUUUCCUCUAUUGUCUUUCUCUCUCUUUGAGUCAACUACUCACCACAUUUUGCACUGCAGUCCUAGCUAGCUGUAGCUUAUGCUUUCAGUACUAGAUUAAUUAUCUGAUCCUUUGAUUGGGUGGACAACAUGUCAGUUCAUGCUGCAAGACCUCUGAUAGGUUGAAGGAUGUCCUCCGGAAGCUGUCUUAAUUACUGUGUAAGUAUAUGGAAAGUGGUGAGAAACAUGAGCCUCCUAGGUUUUGUUUUGAAGUCAGUGUACCCAGAGGAGGACAGAAGCUACAUAGUGCUGUUGAGGCUACUGUAGACCUUCAUUGCAAAAUAGUGUGUUUUAAUCAACUAUUUGGUGACAUGUGAUUAUAUUUAGUGUAGUUUUAUCUAAAAGGAUAACUUUUUAAAUGUUUGACGAUUUUUAUUCUUAUGAAAUUCACUGAGCAGGAUGGUCCUCUAUACACAUUAUACAACGGCCAGAUCAGCCUGAUGGUGGAGAGUCCACUUCCCUGGUGAGAAGGGUACGUAGUAUAGAGGGGGUAGAAAAAAAGUCAACUUUAACCUCUCUCUCUCUCUCGCUCUGUCUCUCUCUCGCUUUUUCUCUCGCUCUCUGCUGCCCUCUGUAGGUGAGGUGUUAGGGAUGAACGGCCGUUGCCCGGGCUAUGUGUCCACGCAGCACAGCUCCCCGCGCAGCGACGCCGCCUCAGCUUCCUGUCCUGUAACCCCCGGCAAUGUCCCGCCACCGUCCACCGCCUCCCCUCCGGAGGGCGCCGUCCCCCUGUGUACCAGUGAUGUCAUCAUCCACCGCAAGGAGAACGAGGGCUUCGGCUUUGUCAUCAUCAGCUCGCUGAACCGACCGGAGAACACAGCUGUCAUCAGUGAGUCACACGAUGUCUCUCUCAAGUGCCAUAGAAAUAGAAUCACCAGAGUAAAACUACUAAAGUAAUUAUAUUUAUAUGUCUCACGCUAAGGGUUGUUCUAGAAUAGAACAGGAUGGAUGCUCCAAUUCCAAGUAACAGUCCAUUAUGUAGUAGACCAUUUGGAAUUUUCUGUUAAUUGAUAAUUACACCACACCUCUCCGUUGUGUUUUCAAGUUAGCCAAGAGGGGAGAUAAACCCCUCUCGCCAUGGUUUAACACUUGUAGUAACUCAGAAAACAGCUACCCCUCCUCUUGGCCGGUCCUUACCCUUCGAUGUUUGCAGAUCUGUGAGGUGGAAGCAAUAUGGUGGAAGCUUUAGCACUACACUGUAGUAAAAAUAUACAGUACCUAUCCAGACCCUUCAGACAAGCUAACAUCGAGAGUUUAGUACCAAGGGGUAAGGCAGCGUUUCCCAAACUAGGUCCUGGGGACUACAAGCAGUUCAUCAAGGAGGCAUUCUCCUAUUUUCAUUUCAUGUUGUCUACUAUCUGUGAUAAACACUCCCCUCUCAAAAAGUACCGGGUAAGAGGUUGAGACAAUCCCUGGUUUACAGAGGAAUUAACUUAUUUGAUCCAUAAACGAAAUGUGACUCACAACCUGGAUUUGGUCUUAUGUAGCAACAAUUGAAAUGCUGUUUUUUUACAUUGGAUAAAAGUAGAGACUCAGAGCUACAAAAUGGUAUAUCAUACACUGAAUAUUGAGGAACAAUGGGAAAGUAAUUCUGCUUUGAAAGUUUAUAAACUUGUAAACUCACUUUUGAGAAAAUGGCAUUUGAAUGUUUUGGUAUCUAUCUUUUUUGUCUACACCCAUUCAGCAUCGUUCACACCCUCUUAAGCUUUAACCCCACCCAUCUCUUUCGCUCUCAGAGCGUUCAGAGCGCACACUUGACGCUCUGGCCGAUGAUUUGUUUUCCUCUGGAUAACAUGAAAACAGCCUAAACAGCUCUGCUGGCAACAAGUUCAUUACGCUUUUAUGCCUAUGUUUACUGACACAGGCCAUAUUCAACGUGUGUUGUACACUUUAGCAUAACCCUCCCGUUGUCCUAGGGUCAAAAUGACCCGCCACUGUGUUGAACCAACUUUAUUUAAAUUUUAUAUUUUUUGGAUCAUUUGUGAGAAGGAGUCAGUGAUACUUUCUUUAAAGUCUCACUGCCUCCUUCUCACAAAUGAUCCCAAAAAUAUAAAAAUUUAAUAAAGUUGGUUCAACACAGUGGCGGGUCAUUUUGACCCUAGGACAACGGGAGGGUUAAGACAUGUACAGUGACGGAAAAAAGUAUUUGAUCCCCUGCUGAUUUUGUACGUUUGCCCACUGACAAAGAAAUGAUCAGUCUAUAAUUUUAAUGGUAGGUUUAUUUGAACAGUGAGAGACAGAAUAACAACAAAAAAUCCAGAAAAACGCAUGUCAAAAAUUUUAUAAAUUGAUUUGCAUUUUAAUGAGGGAAAUUAGUAUUUGACCCCCUCUCAAUCAGAAAGAUUUCUGGCUCCCAGGUGUCUUUUAUACAGGUAACGAGCUGAGAUUAGGAGCACACUCUUAAAGGGAGUGCUCCUAAUAUCAGCUUGUUACCUGUUUAAAAGACACCUGUCCACAGAAGCAAUCAAUCAAUCUGAUUCCAAACUCUCAACCAUGGCCAAGACCAAAGAGCUCUCCAAGGAUGUCAGUGACAAGAUUGUAGACCUACACAAGGCUGGAAUGGGCUACAAGACCAUUGCCAAGCAGCUUGGUGAGAAGGUGACAACAGUUGGUGCGAUUAUUUGCAAAUGGAAGUAACACAAAAUAACUGUCAAUCUCCCUCAGCCUGGGGCUCCAUGCAAGAUCUCACCUCGUGGAGUUGCAAUGAUCAUGAGAACGGUGAGGAAUCAGCCCAGAACUACACGGGAGGAUAUUGUCAAUGAUCUCAAGGCAGCUGGGACCAUAGUCACCAACAAAACAAUUAGUAACACACUACGCCGUGAAGGACUGAAAUCCUGCAGUGCCCGCAAGGUCCCCCUGCUCAAGAAAGCACAUAUACAGGCCCGUCUGAAGUUUGCUAAUGAACAUCUGAAUGAUUCAGAGGAGAACUGGGUGAAAGUGUUGUGGUCAGAUGAGACCAAAAUUGAGCUCUUUGGCAUCAACUCAACUCGCCGUGUUUGGAUGAGGAGGAAUGCUGCCUAUGACCCCAAGAACACCAUCCCCACCGUCAAACAUGGAGGUGGAAACAUUAUGCUUUGGGGGUGUUUUUCUGCUAUGGGACAGGACAACUUUGCCGCAUCAAAGGGACAAUGGAUGGGGCCAUGUACCAUCAAAUCUUGGGUGAGAACCUCCUUCCCUCAGCCAGGGCAUUGAAAAUGGGUUGUGGAUGGGUAUUCCAGCAUGACAAUGACCCAAAACACACGGCCAAGGCAACAAAGGAGUGGCUCAAGAAGCAGCACAUUAAGGUCCUGGAGUUGCCUAGCCAGUCUCCAGACCUUAAUCCCAUAGAAAAUCUGUGGAGGGAGCUGAAGGUUCGAGUUACCAAAUGUCAGCCUCGAAACCUUAAUGACUUGGAGAUGACCUUCAAAGAGGAGUGGGACAAAAAUCCCUCCUGAGAUGUAUGCAAACCUGGUGGCCAACUACAAGAAACAUCUGACCUCUGUGAUUGCCAACAAGGGUUUUGCCACCAAGUACUAAGUCAUGUUUUGCAGAGGGGUCAAAUACUUAUUUCCCUCAUUAAAAUGCAAAUCAAUUUAUACCAUUUUUGACAUGCGUUUUUCUGGAUUUUUGUUGUUGUUAUUCUGUUUCUCACUGUUCAAAUAACCCUACCAUUAAAAUUAUAGACUGAUAUGUCUUUGUCAGUGGGCAAACGUACAAAAUCAGCAGGGGAUCAAAUACUUUUUUCCCUCACUGUAGUUAGCUAGCUAGGUAAACAACGUGUAAGAUCACACACGUCACAUAACGUUAGCUAACAAGCCAGCCAGAUAACAUUAGCUAGUUACACAACAAUGAACAUAGUGCCAAAUCAUGCCGUUACUACCCUGCAUUAAUCUGCUGGGAGCUAACCAACCAGGUUCAGUGUUAGCUAGCUAACAUUAGGCUCUAACUAGCGAAGCAAAUGGCUCUGGGAUACGAAUAAUAAUGUCAUACAUGUAACAGUAGCUAGGGAGCCAGCCAGCUAACGUUAUCUAGCUAGCUAACAGUACACUUUAGCUGAAGACAUGUAGCUCGCUAGCUAAAUAAACAAUGAACCUAGCUAAGGAAACAAUGUGUAAGAUCACACACGUCAUGUAACGUUAGCUAACGAGCCAGCCAGCUAAUGUUAGCUAGUUAAACAACAAUGAACAUAGUGCCAAAUCAUGUCUCUACUACCCUGCAUGAAUCUGCUGGGAGCUAACCAACCAGGUUCAAUGUUAGAUAUCUAUCUUACCCGUAUACAUCAUCAUGCAUGAUGGACGCGUCUCCCUGUCACGGAUGCCAUGUAUGGUUGCCUUUAGUUUGAAGAUGUAAUCCGGAGACAGGUGUUUUCACCAUCUCUUUAGCUAUCAUACUCUAAUUCCACUGAUUUCAAAACUCGAUCCUCCAGAAAGUGGAGAGUAACACUUAUGCAGUUCUACUAAGCAAUAUAUAUAUAUUUUUUAAGCCGCAUUAGACAGAAUUACCUACACAGACUGACCAGCUCAAAUAGACAGAAGCCUUAUAUAUGGCAGACCAAUCCAAACUCCUCUCUCGGCAUGUCCAGCCCACUCAUUAUCUCAGCCAAACAUGGCUAGUGGGAAGUUUGCUGUCUUUUUCUGUUGCUUAACCAACCAGGCUUGUAAUUUAACAAUUGUAUUUACAGAUGGCAUACACGUUUGUUAUUAAGGCACAUGAAAGUUCACAUAUUCCAGAAGGCAUUUCUGGCAAAAAACGCAUUUUGAUUAAUUUUUUUUACGUUCAAAUGGCUCUCCUGUGAAGUUGUGACUUGUGACAUACGCCUAGUUUCAUGAAACGGGUCACAAAUACACAAUGGGCCAAAGCCAGAAAGUGUAACUCCCAGGCUGAAUGACAGUUAUUCAGGGCACUGAGAAAUAAGUGCACCUUGUUAAUAUGGAAAUGCAAAUCUAGCUUCUAUUAUGAAUCUACCAAGGCAAACAUCAAUAACCUGACCAAAUUAUGGAAAAACAUUAAGUCCAUGAAUGCUAACAUGAACUCUUCUGGUCUUCCGCUGGAAUUGACCUCAAAUUCAAUGGACGUGACAGACAAGAAUAAACUGCUUGACAUGUUUAAUGAGCAUUUUGCAAAGGCUGGGCAUCUAUUUGAUUUUACCGAAAUUGAUCUUUCAGAAGUUGUAAAGGCACUCAAAUCUAUUGAUAUGAACAAAAUGGCUGGCCCGGAUGAAUUUAAGCCUUAUUUUGUUUAAAGUGGUGCAGAGAUCAUUGCUGCCAGUCUCACUCACACUGUAUUGGCGAGUAAUAUGAUUCCAAAAGUCUGGAAAGCAGCCUACAUCACCCCUUUAAAUAAGGGUGGAGGUCCGUCCCAGUUGGAUAACUAUCGUCCCAUAUCUAAACUGUCUGCACUUGCAAAGAUUUGGAAAACCUGGUGAACUCACAGUUUAUGAUAACUCUGUGUUAUCUCAAUUCCAGUCAGGUUUUAGAGCCAAGCAUAAUACAAUUACUGUGAUAACUAAGGUUGUAGGUGAUAUUCUAGAUGUUCAGGACAAGAAAUAUCAUUAUGUUUCACUUUUUAUUGACUUAUUGAAGGCCUUUGACACUAUUGACCAUGCCCUGCUGUUGUAUAGACUAAAAAAGGUUGGUUUAAGUGUUGAUGCAUUGGAUUGGUUCCAAAACUACCUUUCUGACAGAACACGGUGUGUAGCACAGGAGGGUUUGAAAUCUGAGUUUCGAAGGCUUACAAAAAGAGUUCCCCAGGGCUAAAUUUUAGGUCUGAUCCUUUUUACACUGUAUAUAAAUGAUAUAGGGAAGACUGUUGACUCUGCAAAUCCCCAUCUGUAUGCUGAUGACCCGAUUAUUUAUUCUAGCGCAUCUAAUAUUGAGAAGGCUUUUCCGGACGCUGAUCAAAAGCAAUUUUCGAUUUUAAACAAAAUGUACAGUUUCCUCUUCUCUGAAAGUAGACAGAAGGAGUCACUUCCAGAUUUUAACUCUAAAAUGCCAGCAAAUGUAUAGGGUCACCUCCUAAAAGUGUCUUGGGAUUUGGCUAGAUGAAAAUCUGAAUUUUAGACAGCACAUUGAUAACUUGAAAUAGUUUAUUUUAUUUUAGGAACAAAGCACUUUUUAUCGGUUCUGGAUUAUGGUGAUAUUGUCUAUAUGCAGGCCUUAGCAAGUAUGUUAAAAACUCUGGACACAGUGUAUCAUGGUGCUUUAAGAUUUAUCACACAUGCUAGAUCACUCACCAAUCACUGUGUAUGUGUAUGCCAUGGUGCAAUGUACCUCUCUCUCCACCAGGAGGCUAAAGCACUGGUACACUUUUGUGUACAAGGCAUUGUUAAGGCAACUCCUUUUGUAUCUCUUUUCCUUAAGGCGUCAGCAUGCAUCAUUUCGGCUGGCGCCUUGCCAAACUCAGCUAGCCGAACCGAACGAGUGUGCUCGCAUACACACUUAAAAGACCUUCGCUUGAAAAUUUAGAAAAAAAUGGCACUGUUUGUCCAUUUUGAGACGACAUAGCCAAAUAGUCAGAAUUCAUCUAAGAACUCAGGAAGUCUGUCAUUAAUUGUAGUCGCGCAAUUUUACAUCUAACUAAUGGUGCAGUAAUUCUCAAUGAAAAAUGUGUAUGAAAACGAGUCGUCUCUCGUUGAAUGACAAUAAAGACUUUAUUGAAGAAUCCCUACUGUUGACCAAUCACUGAUGAAGAGGCGUAGACUUCGGCUCCGAACUUCGGCUUGCCUCCAGAAAACAUAUUGUGUGCCCGAACAGUUGACAAAUAUUUUUCCCGCAAUGCGUCCUGGAACAGGCUAAAUAUAUUCAAGUUAGGGGAGUUAGUGUCCUUGCCUGUUUUUAAGACUCUGAUCGAUGACUGUUUUUGAUAGCUGCAGUUGUUUUUAAUCUUCAAAUGUAUCUGUAACUUUUGACACUCUUUUGUGUGUAUUUGUUGUUACGUUUUAUGUACACGCUGCUAUCUCCCUGUUUUGCGUUCUUGCCAGGUUGCUAGGUUUUUAACCUCAAUGGGUCUUACCUGGUUAAAUAAAGUAUAGAACAAUAAAAACAAAAACAGGGCUUGACAUUAAAGUCUGAAAAGCACUUGCCCAUCGCAAGUAAGGGGUAUUUUUUGGUUGCCUGAAGAUUAUUAUUACUUGCCCGAUUUAUUAAAUUUUUUAGCUAUUUACAUGCAGAAGUGCCAUAUAUUGCUUUUCACCUACACAUACGGAAGGAAUAACAAAGAUCAGUACUGGAAUUCUUUGUUUUUUGGUUGUUCUCAGAGCAGACUCAACUUGCCCGACUGCCAUAAAUUGUCUGUCUUUCACUUAAACAAUGGGGAGGAACCAGAAGGAUCAGUUUUAUUCUACUGGAAUGACUUUGCAAUUUAACUUUUUUUUAUCACCUGCCCAAUAGAGCAAGCUCUGAGCAGGCUCCACUUGCACGACUGCUCAGUGCACUUGCCCCAGGCAAUAAGGCAACCUCUACUGCCAAUACCUGUGCACAUUUUGUCAAUCCCUGUGCACAUUUUGGUUUUUGCCCUAGCACUAUACAGCUUAUUAAAAUACCGUAUUUUCCGCACUAUAAGGCGCACCGGAGUAUAAGCCGCAGCAGCUAAAUUUAAUGAUAUUGAAUGAUGUGUACAUAUAUAAGCCGCACUGGACUAUAAGCCGCAGGUGUUUUAAUGUUUAAUUACCAUAUGUAAGGGUUCGUGCACAGAGGGGAUUGUCGGGAAAGAGACAAACUGUCUCGCUCUCGUAAUGUCUGUCUGUCUUGCUCUCGUUCUGUCUCUCGUUCUGUCUCUCGUACCACUCUCGGUUCCACUUUUACUUUUGCGCGCUACCUGUCUCACUCUUUUCCGGCCUCCAGCUUUUCCUGCUGGAGCCCGCCGCUUAAAGGUGGGGGGCGCGGACCGGUCAUAGAGCCCAUAGAGUUAAAGUUGGUGGACUGUAACCUGUAAAAUCCAUAGAUUUAGGAGGUCUUCUAGUGGCCGUUAGCUGUAAAAAUCCAUAGAUUAGCCGCACCGUUAUAUAAGCCGCAGGGUCGAAAAAUUGGAAAAAAGGCACGGCUUAUAGUCCGAAAAUUACGGUAAUUAACUCAUCAUCAAGCUUUGAUUAUUUCAAUUAGCUGUGUAGUGCCUAGGGCAAAAAACAAAAUGUGCACCCCUUGGGAUCCCCAGGACUGAGUUUGGGAAACCCUGGGGUAGGGAUAGGGAGCGAUUUGGGACCAACAGACGUUAAAACGUUUAUUCUGUAAUAUGUUCCCACAGUGGUUUGUUGGGAAACACACAACACAAUAUUUAAAUCGCACUGGGAUCUUCUUCAACUAUCCAGUGGGAUCAAAACAUUGUCUUGUUUGUGUGUGCAUCUCAAUAAACCACUUGCGGACAAGACUUAUUUAAUUUACAAUUUAUUUUCUGUCCAGUACUUGACAAGUUUAUGUGCAUAUUUGUCAAAACAUGUUCUACUCCCCCUACUAGCUGUGCCCCACAAGAUUGGGCGUAUCAUCGAGGGCAGCCCAGCGGACCGCUGCGGCCGCCUGAAGGUGGGCAACCGGAUCCUGGCCGUCAAUGGGCAAUCCAUCAUCAGCAUGCCCCAUGCCGACAUCGUCAAGCUCAUCAAAGACGCCGGACUCAUCGUCACCCUGCACAUCAUACCAGAGGAAGGUGAGUCAGAGGAAAUGAGAGAGAACAGAGAAGAGGGAUGGAGGGAGGGAGGGAUGGAGAGAGAGAGAGAGAGGAGCAGUGAGUGGAAGAGAGAUCUAAAGAAAGAGAGA